AUGGAAAACCCAAAAGACAUCAUAAUGCUAUUUGAAGAAGAUGCUGAGGAAUGGGCUCUGUACUUGAGGAAAGUUUUUUUACAUGUCGUGAAAAGGGAAGCAAUCCUGUUGUAUCACUUGGAGAAUUACUCUCUUCGGGAUUUGGAGUUGCUGAGUUUAAAUUCCUACACGUGUAAACUUUUGAUAUUAUCAAAUAGCCUGCUUAAAGACCUAACUCCAAAGAAAUGUCUGUUUCUGGAAAAGAUACUUCAUUCACCAGAAAGUGUGGUUACCCUGCUGUGUGGGGUGGAGAGUUCAGAUCAGCUCUACAAACUAUUAAAUAUCUCCAGAGGCGGAUGGGAGAUCUCAGUCGAGCAGGGGCCCGAAGACUACAUCUCUGUAGUCGAGAGCAUCAUAUUCGGAGGUUCUAAGGACUACCUUGAGUUCAAUAUUUCAACAGACCAAAGAGUGGAACAUUCUGGAGAAGUAAGCGAGAGAAACAAAAUUGAAGAAUCAGAAGCUUCAAAAAGCACCAUGCCACUAGCAAUGGUGCUACCUGCUGAAAUUCCAUGUGAGAAUCCUGGUGAAAUAUUUAUUAUUUUGAGAGAUGAAGUAAUUGGUGAUACUGUGGAGGUUGAAUUUACAUCAAAUAAUAAAUGUAUUAGAAUACAGCCAGCCCUUUGGAAUAAGACAGUGUGGUGUAUGAAAGCUUUAGAUUUUCCUGCUGGCUCUGUCAAUGUCGAUGUCUACUGUGAUGGCAUCAUUAAGGCCACAACUGAGAUUAAAUACUAUACAACAGAAAAGACUAUGAAAUGCCUGUUGGGAUUGGCAGAUCCAGGAGAUGGUGUAUGCCAGAAUAACAUUGAAGAACUUGAUGAUAUUCUCACAUCCAUAUUCAAACAAGAGAUACCAUAUUAUGAGUUCCGAUCUCUCCAAACUGAAAUCCACCCUCAAAAAGAAUAUACUCAUUUCAAAGAACUGCCAACUCUUCUCCACUGUGCAGCAAAAUUUGGCUUAAAGAACUUUGCUGUUCAUUUGCUUCAAUGUUCAGGAGCAACCUGGGCUUCUAAAAUGAAAAAUUUGGAGGGUUCAGAUCCAGCACAUGUUGCUGAAAGACAUGGGCACAAAGAACUCAAGAAAAUCUUUGAAGAUUUUUCAAUCCAAGAAAUUAGCAGAAAUAGUGAGCAAGAAAAUGACAAUAAAAAGAACAUUACCUCACUUGCUACAUAUUUUCCCACCAUACAGAACCCAGCAUUUCAUCAUGAAAGUGCGCAGACAUACAGGCAAAGUGCAGAAGGAGCUGAGGUGAAUGAAACAGCAGAGGAAGAAAAAGAGACUGAAUCAGGCACAGAGGCUGAGCACGGCCUACCAGAGGUUGACAGUGGGAGUUCCGAGGACCAGUAUGAUGACUUAUAUAUGUUCAUUCCUGGAGACAAUCCAGAAAAUAAUUCACAAGAGCCACUCAUGUGUAGCAGACCUCCUCUCCUCCCACCACGACCUGCAGCUAUUGCCUUCCAACUAGAAAAACCUCACUUCACAUUACAAGGAAAAAUGUUGGAAGGCCAAACAGAAAGAAGUCAAAAUUGGUGUGAUUUCAGUGCAAGACAAGAAAUAGGAGGUGAACCCAAAGGAGAAGAAGAAAGGACAGAGGAUGAAAAAGAGCAGGAGGACGAAGACCCGUACACUUUUGCUGAGAUUGAUGACGGUGAAUAUGACAUGAUACUGGCCAAUAUGAGUACAAAGAAAAAAAUUGGAGGUCGAUCUUUUAUUAUAAACAGACCUCCUGCUCCUGCACCUCGACCCACAAAUAUCCCUCCGAAAGAGGAAAACACACCUUACAUAGCUCAAGUGUUUCAACAAAAGGCAGCCAGAAGACAAUCUGAUGGUGACAAGUUCCAUUGUCCUAGGAAACAAGACAGAGCUCGGAUGGAGAAUCAAGCCUUUUCCACCAGGAGGAGCUACCUGGCUGAUGGACAGAAAGAACUCAUCCUCCUGCAGGAGAAAGUGAAGAAUGGGAAACUAUCUGUGGAUCAAGCCCUAGAGAAGUUUAAACACUGGCAGAUAGGAAAGACCGGCCUGGAAGUGAUUCAGCAGGAAAAACUACGCCAACUACGGGAUUGCAUUAUUGGGAAAAGGCCUGAAGAAGAAAAUGUCUAUGAUAAACUCAUCAUUGUGCACCACCCAAAUGGUAAGUCCUUGGUAUUUAUUGAAGGAGCUGGGACUAAAAUAAAGCACAUAUAUACCAAUGUCAAUAUAAUUUGA